AUGCGCUCAGAAGAGAAAAAACAACUAUCGUCAUUCUCAGUCAACCACAUCCUUCAAGCUGCUGAGAACACAAUGUCUAGUGGAAGACCAAGAGAGACAGACGUCGCAAACACGAACGAUUCUAGUGAGGACACCAAUGUCAAGAUUUCCCUGGAAGAGAAUGAACUUUGGUGGCGAUUCAAGUCGCUGACAAACGAGAUGAUAGUCACUAAGAAUGGAAGGCGGAUGUUUCCCGUUCUUAAAAUAAACGUUACUGGACUGGAGCCCAAAGCUAUGUACUCCUUCCUGCUCGAUUUCGUGUCCGUCGAGGGCCAUCGUUGGAAAUACGUGAACGGAGAAUGGGUCUCGGGCGGAAAACCCGAACCCCCGACACCAAGUUGCGUCUAUAUUCACCCUGAUUCACCAAACUUUGGGGCACAUUGGAUGAAACAACCUGUAGUUUUUUCCAAAGUAAAACUGACCAACAAACAAAAUGGCAACGGGCAGAUUAUGUUGAAUUCCUUACAUAAGUAUGAGCCGAGAAUUCAUAUUAUUCGAGUUGGUGCUCCUGAAAGCAACAGGACAGUGGUUUCUCAAUCAUUUCCAGAGACGGAGUUUAUUGCCGUGACGGCUUAUCAAAACGAGGAGAUCACUAGUCUAAAGAUAAAAUACAAUCCGUUCGCAAAGGCCUUCCUGGACGCGAAAGAGCGACAAGAACAGAAAGAGGCGUUGGAGCAAGCUGUAGAGUCUCAUUCGGCGUAUUCGCAAUAUGGCUGGUUUUGUGCUGGUCCUGCGCCCGUAUACCAACACCGCCACCAUUCGAGGGCUUAUGCACACAUUCCUUCCUCGCCAUAUGAGCGCUUAGGAAUAAGAGGACAUCGCCCAUCUCCGUACUCUAAUCCCUACCACAAGCGAACAGAUCUAUCCACCCAAGCUCAUGCGCCGCAGUACUUUCCAACAGAGUCUAAUCAAUUACUUCUUCCUGGCCCAACGACGCUCGAAAACAUUGCCAUGCCGUCGGUGUCCCUCGCACAUUCGCAUCACACUCCAGCAGGUCCACACCAGCUUCACCCCGGCUUAAGUCCGUUCUUAAGCAAUCCAUCUUACAACACGACAUCAAGAGGUAGUCUCGAUAUGGACUUGGCUCACAGAGAAAACGACCGAUCAAAGUGCAUUCAGGCGCCCGGGGUGUCACUUCAUCCAUCUUGGAACACGCUUGGACAAGCUUAA